GGAAAUGUGAUCCAUCUUUUCGAACAUGAUUGCUCGCUUCAACGUCGUCACCAAAAGGUCGUCGAGCUUGCUCCUGCUUCGGAGUUGACCGACGAAGUGCGCUCGAAGAUCUUGGAGGAUGCGAAGAAGUCAGCAUCAGCUGUAAAUUACUGUAACGCGGGGACUGCCGCGUUCCUUGUUGAUCAACAGGGUCGUCACCAUUUCAUCGAGAUUAAACCUCGUAUUCAAGUGGAGCAUACUAUCACCGAAGAAAUCACUGGAAUCGAUAUUGUCGCAGCUCAAAUCCAAAUUUCAGCUGGUGCUACCCUUGCGGAUUUAGGUCUCACUCAAGAUGUGAUUACAAAGCGUGGAUAUGCUAUUCAGUGCCGUGUGACCACUGAAGACCCAGCGGCAGGUUUCCAACCAGACACCAGCAAGAUCGAAGUCUACCACUCAACCGGAGGUAACGGUGUCGGACUGGAUGCUUCCUCCGGGUUCGCGUUACCUAUCCACGUUCACUCUCACGAUACUGCCGGGAUCUCCCUCGCGAAGAUGCUGCAAUGCGCUCGAUCAGGUGCCGAUGUCGUUGAUUGUGCAAUCGACAGCAUGUCUGGAAUGACCUCCCAAUGUGCUAUGGGCGCUUUGUGCGCUGGGCUUGAGCAAAACGGUCUCGGGACUGGAAUCCGCUACGACAACGUCCAAGUUUUGAAUGUAUGUGUUCCAAGUUUACAAUUCAAAUUUUUGAACCUGUUUACUGAUAAAAGCGGACCUGUCUCCACAGCUCUACUGGUCUCAAUGCCAAAUGCUUUACAGCUGUUUCGAUGCUGA